UCUCCUCCUCGGUUCAUUAGUCAAGCCUCCAGCUUGUUAUCACCUUCAGCCUCAUUUCUGUACAGCUGGUGGGCACAGCCACCUGGCUAGCAGUCCUGCCUCCACACAGUGUGAUUGAUUUUGAGGAACAGCGAACACCCAACCCCGAGCUAGCUAGGGGGGUGCUGAAAUGCGACAUGUCUGAUUUGUCCUUAGUCUGCUGCUUAAUGUACUCCAUUCUUCUCAUGGUCACCUGUACUGUAUAUGCAGUGAAGGCCCGUGGAGUGCCUGAGAACUUCAAUGAGGCCAAACCAAUCGGUUUCACUAUGUACACAACUUGUAUUGUCUGGCUGGCCUUUGUACCCAUUUUUUUUUGGCACCGCACAGUCUGCUGAAAAGAUCUAUAUCCAGACCACCACCUUGACAGUAUCGAUGAGCCUGAGUGCUUCUGUCUCUCUUGGAAUGCUCUACGUGCCCAAGGUUUACAUCAUACUCCUCCACCCUGAGCAAAAUGUGCAGAAGCGCAAGCGAAGCUUCAAGGCUGUGGCGACAGCAGCCACUAUGUCCACCCGCCUGUCCCAGAAAAACAGUGAGCGGCAAAACGGG